AUGGCUCAGACAGUCAAGAAGAAGCUGGUCGUAGCAGGCGGAAAUGGAUUUCUAGGAUCAAGGAUAUGCAAGUCGGCGAGGGCUCGGGGCUGGGAUGUCACAUCCAUAAGUCGUUCCGGCGAGCCGACAUGGUCUUCGGUCACAUCGGAGUCAACGAAACCACCGUGGUCGGAGGGUGUGACCUGGGCGAAGGGUGACAUCCUAAAACCCACCACCUACACCUCUUACCUCAAAGACGCAGACGCCGUCGUGCACACCAUGGGCAUCCUCCUCGAGGCAGACUACAAGGGCGUCCUGUCAGGGAAAGAGUCCGUCUUGUCAGGCCUUUCGCGAGCAUUCAGCUCCAACAAAGCCGGCAGUUCGACGAAUCCACUCGAUCGCAAGCCAGGCGAGGGAUUGGGAAAGGGAGAGAAAGAUGGACAGAUAACGUAUGAGUUGAUGAACAGAGACUCGGCCAUAGCACUAGCUCAAGAAGCAGAAAGAGAGGGCGCAAGUACCUUCGUGUACAUUUCGGCCGCGGCCGGAGCGCCCAUUCUGCCAAAAAGGUACAUCACGACAAAAAGAGAAGCAGAGAGUAAAAUAGCAAGUCAGAUGAUUAAGCUGCGGAACAUCUUCGUCAGGCCGGGGUUCUUGUAUGAUAAUAGUCGGAAGUUUACAUUGCCGAUCGCGGCAUCAGGGAUGUUAGGAAGUACCGUCAAUAGCCUGGUUGGCGGCAGUUUGACGAGUUUGUUUGGCGCGGCGGUUGAGAAGCCUUUGAAAGCGGACUUGGUCGCAGAUGCGGUGGUUGAGGCCAUUGCUGACGAGGAGACGAAGGGCGUCGUUGACACGAAGUUGAUUGAGGCCCUGGCUGCGAAAGCCUGGCGCAGGACGAUGCUUUAG